CUUCAACAUCAGCCGAUGCCAGGUGGACCACCAAAUAUUCCGCCACCGCCGGCGCCUGCAUCCGCGGUAUCACCUGGUACAGUUCCCGGCUCGGCUCCGCCAACUGGAGGACCCGAGCUUUCUCUGAGUUUCGGAAAGGGGCCUCAAAGAGGAACUAGUGCCCCAUCCAGCCCUGCAAAAUCACGUGAAAGUUUACUGCAGCGAGUUCAGAGCCUAACUGGAGCGGCUCGUGAUCAAGGUGCUUCUAUAAUUGGCGCUGCAGUAUCCAGUGCAGCCCGUGUUCAACCCUUCAACAAGGACAAGUGUUUCACACUGUUGGUAUUAGAUGAUCAAAAUACUGACUGGUCAAAAUAUUUUCGAGGCAAAAGGCUCCAUGGCGAUUUCGAUAUUCGAGUUGAGCAAGCAGAAUUCAGAGAGAUAUCGCUUACUGCAAACGCUGAUGCCGGCCCAUUAGUCUCGUUCAAUCGUGGAAGUUCAAAACAACCAAAGUCUUUUCGACCCGACUUCAUCCUUGUUCGUCAAGCUCCUCGGGAUGGAACUAAAGAUCAUAGGUCCACGCUUCUAGGCUUAAAGUAUGGAGGAGUGCCUAGUAUUAAUUCAUUACAUUCGUUGUAUCAGUUUCAGGAUAAACCGUGGGUUUUUGCACAUUUGUUGCAGCUACAGCGACGCUUAGGAAGAGAUGCUUUUCCACUUGUUGAACAGACUUUUUUUCCUAAUCCACAGGACAUGCUUACUUGGCAGAAAUUCCCGUGCGUUUUGAAGGCAGGCCAUUGUCAUGGUGGAGUAGCCACGGCAAAACUAGACAACCUUAGUGCAUUGCAGGACGCAGCUGGACUUCUGCGUGGAGCCGGGCUUACUGAUGCUUCUUAUUGCAGCCUGGAGCCAUAUAUUGAUGCUAAGUUCGAUGUGCACAUUCAAAAGAUUGGUACAAAUUACAAAGCAUUCAUGAGAAAAUCUAUAUCUGGCAACUGGAAAACAAAUCAAGGAUCAGCUAUGCUCGAGCAGGUUCCGAUGACUGAAAAAUAUAAAACGUGGAUUGAUGAGGUUUCUGAAAUGUUUGGUGGGAUGGAAGUUUGUGGUGUUGCUAUAAUUGUAUCUAAAGAAGGAAAGGAAUUCAUAAUUAGCGCAUCUGAUUCCACAUUCCCACUAAUGGGAGAUACACAGGAGGAAGACCGUCGACAAAUAGCGGAUCUGGUUGUAGGGCGUAUGCAGAACGUUUGCCGUCCGUCAAUUAUGACAAAAACUUCAUCGCGUACGUCAAUAUCCUCACGUGGUGGAAGCCCUAGUGAAGAAACACCUCCAGUUCCAAUAGGCACACGCCCGGCUCCAGUUGGUGGAGGUCCCCCACCAAUUCCUGAACGCACUACUCCAGGAGUUGGAUCGAUUGGCCGUCAUGGCAGUUUUAGUAGUCAAUCCGGAGAACCCCUGGAACAGCCAAUGGAGAAAGCACCGCUGCUAAACAAUGUCGGACGUCGGGAUUCUCAAGCGUCGCAAUCCAGCUCCAUAUCCGGAGUAUCAUCAACUUCCGCUGCACGAUUAAAUAAAGCUCCGGGUAGCCAAGCAUCCGUGGUUGAUGAAGCCGAGGAUACAAUGAAAAACCUUCGUAAAACAUUUGCUGGGAUAUUUGGUGACAUGUAG